AACCCCUCAAACGAUUUCUACACAUCCCUUCUCUUUCCUCACACAUCGCAAUGGGCAAACGCAAGCAAAUCAAAGACGGGGACGUCGACAUGGGCGGCGUAGACCCGCAAGUCGCUGACGACUCGUCCGACGAGGAGGAUAUCGACAUGGUCAACGUCGACUUUGAAUGGUUCGAUCCUCAACCGGCUGUCGACUUCCACGGCCUGAAGAACCUCCUCCGCCAGCUUUUCGACACGGACGCUCAGAUCUUCGAUCUCUCCGCAUUAACGGAUUUGAUUCUCGCGCAGCCAUUGCUCGGUUCGACAGUGAAAGUCGACGGCAACGAGUCGGAUCCGUAUGCGUUUUUAACAGUGCUGAAUUUGCAAGAGCAUAGUGAUAAACCCGUCAUCAAAGACCUCACAACCUACCUCAGCAAAAAAGCCAGCAGCACGCCGUCCCUCGCGCCCCUCGCGCAACUCCUCUCCCAAUCCCCCACUCCACCCAUCGGGUUAAUCCUCACCGAACGCCUAAUUAACAUGCCCUCGGAAAUCGUCCCGCCCAUGUACACCAUGCUCCAGGAAGAGAUCGCCUGGGCGCUCGCCGACAAAGAGCCGUACAAUUUCUCGCACUACUUGGUCCUCUCCAAGACCUACGAGGAGGUGGAGUCGAAGCUCGAUGCGGAGGAGUCGCGACCGCAGAAGAAAAAGAAGAAGGCCGCCGCGGAGCAGGGCGAGCGGUUCUUCUUCCAUCCCGAGGACGAGGUGUUGCAGCGGCAUGCGGCUUGUUUCGGCUCUGCGGAGUAUACGCAUAAGGCGGACGAGGGGCUCUCGGAUUCGAAGCGGGCGUUCCAGGAUAUGGGGAUUCGGACCGCGGCGAGCUUGAUUCUCUUGGAGCCGGGGACGUUGGAGAGUGCCAUCAAGGAUAUGGUGGAGUAUUUGAAGCCCCCGGUUUAACUGCGUGGUUUUUCCGCGGGAAGGGUUAGGUCGGUUAUGAUAGACAAGACAAAAAGUUUUGAUGAUAGCAGAUCUUGUUUUUUAAUUGAAUCUAUUAAUGAUCUAUAUUACGAGUUCUCGUCACGGCAUGGAAUUAUGGAAAGAUACUAAUAUUUUUUUUUGGGGGGGGGGGAAUC